AUGAAGGAAUAUAAUGCCACAAUCGAGUUCUAUUGGUCACCGUUGCUCGUAGAAUCUAAUUGCGAUAAUCCAGAUUCCCAUCACGUCAAAGACCGUGUACUCAGAAUCAAAUCAAUCGAAAAACAUGCUCGGCAUUGGACCGAUGCGGAUAUACUCAUCUUUAAUUCCUUUAUGUGGUGGCAUAAUCCAACUAUGACAAUCUUCGGUGAGAGUUUGAACGACGGAAACUGCUACAACGUGACGGAGCCAAUAAUGAAGGAGGACUAUUGGGGAAUUGCGACGGAUGUUGAUAUGAUGCACAUUGCGGAAUCGACUAUACGAAAAUUGGAGGAACGAGGCCUAAGAGUUGAAUAUUUGAAUAUAACGCAUUUAUCGGACUAUAGAAAAGAUGCUCAUUCAUCGAUUUACAGGCAAUUCUUUCAUCUAAGCGACGAUCAAUUAUCGAAUCCGAAAAGCUAUUCGGAUUGUGUUCAUUGGUGUCUUCCUGGAGUUCCUGAUGUUUGGAAUCAGAUAUUUUAUUCUUACAUCAUCAAUUCCUUAUAA